GGCAGCGGCAGCGGCAGGCGGCAGUAGCAGUAGCAGUAGGAGUAGGAGCAGUAGGAGCAGCAGCAGCACCAGUGGUAGUACGCGGCGGCGGUGGUAUCUCUGUCCGCGCACUGUCCGGUGACCGAACGUGCUUCGGCCGUGUUCGUCAUAUUAUAUUCCCCGGCCCAAGAGAGAGAGCAAGGUUGCUGGCACGUAGUCGUCGGUGGUGUAGUUGCGAGGCGGCGGGGACGAACGGCGGUGUGCACGCACGCACGCACGCACGCACGCACGGACGGACGGACGACGAACGGAUCGGAGUGAAGCCAGGAACAAGAGCGACUGGGACUGCCGGAACGACAUGGAGAAGCGGAUAGAGCUCGAGAAACGGGGAAGGAACCCCGGUGAUAUCAAAGAACUUGUUCUUGAUAAUUGUCGGAGUACGCAGAUCGUGGGUCUAACCAGCGAAUUCAGUGCGCUGGAAUCAUUAAGCUUAAUCAACGUGGGUCUGACCAGUCUGAAAGGUUUCCCAAAGUUAUCGAGUCUUAAAAAGUUGGAGUUGAGCGACAAUCGGAUUUCGGGCGGUUUAAAUCUGCUUGAUUCAAGUCCCAAAUUAACUCAUCUGAACCUGAGUGGGAACAAGAUCAAAGAUCUUGACACGCUACAGCCAUUGAAAGAAUUCAAGAAUCUGAAAAGCCUGGAUCUCUUCAACAAUGAAGUGACAAAUAUGGAUAAUUACAGGGAGAAAGUUUUCAAUCUUGUUGCCAGUCUACGAUAUCUAGACGGAUUUGAUGCUGAUGAUUGUGAAAUUGACGAGAGUGAAGGGGAGGAUGACGAAGUCAAUGGAAACGAAGACGGUGAUGGAGAUGCAAAUGAAGAAGACAGCGAAGAAGUUUCAGACGAGGAAGACGAGGAAUUUUUGGAUGACGAUCCAGGAUUAGAUAUCGUCUACAAAGAAAAUCUCGAGGACGACAGUGACGAGGAGGAUUAUAUGGGUGAGGAGGAAGAAGAGGACGACGAUGAGGAUAACGAGGACGAUGAGCAGGAAGAAGAGGAAGAGGUGUCUCCCGUUCGAGGAAAGAAAAGAAAACACGAAGAAGUAGGAGAGAAUUAGAAUGCUUAAGAUUCAAGGCAAAUCUCCGUUAAAUGGAUGUAAAAUUCAUAUAAAUAAUAACAAUAAUUGCGACGCCGAGUGACAGCUGGGAAUCAAAUUAUAAUCGACCGACCAAUGACAGACUACAGUUAGUGAUGUGAAUUUAUCAGUAAAUCAUUGACUGCGGAUGCGGAGAGAUUGUAUCGUAACAACAAAAGAUUUAUAUGAUAGAAGCAGAAUGCAAAUCAGAGAGAAACGUAAAAAGGAAGACAAUGGAUGACGAUGGCAUAAAGAUAGGACUGCAUUCCAGCUAGACACAGCACAGUUUUAGUUAUACUAACGAUAUUUUAUAUAGAGUAUAUAGUUAGAGUAUUAGCAAUGUUGCACAGAGUGGACGGAAAUACUACAUGAAAGAAUUCAAGUAAGGAGAAAAUGUGAGAGUGAGAGGGAGAGAGAGAGAGAGUGAGGGUAAGGGUGAGGGUGAGGGUGAGAGCAAGAGGAAUUACAUGUGCGUGAGUGCGUGUAUGCGUGCGAGAGAAGAAAGAAAGCGAGGUAACGCGAGCGAACAGAAGGCGGUGGAGUCUUACACGUGAAGGAGCAUCUUGUCUGUUAGCUCCAGUCGGCCAAAGGCUGGUCCACGCUGGAAUGCGGUCAUCGUUAAUCAGUACUAAGGUUACAUAAGUUACAUUUUAAAUACAUUAUUAUUGUACCGUGAAUAUAAGUAUAGAGUAAAUGAGGAACAACUUUUGUACAGGUUUACACCAUACAUCGAGGUGCAUUAUAUGCCUCUGUGAUUUUUGGGACAGAAAAUAAAGAGGGUAAAGCAAACGAGAAAACGAAUAUGUACAUUUACACGCUCGCGUUUGUGAGCGUACGUACAUCUGACGAGGGUGGGAUUGGGGGAAGUACAUUGAAGCGAAAACCCACGACUCUAUUGCUGUGAGAGCGAUAACGAAAACGCGUGCGUGUGUUGGUUCGCGAGGAUUAGCUACACCACCGGUACGCGAUCGGUAUCAAUGGGGAAAGGGGGGGAGGGGGGAGAGCGAUCGGAUUUAGCGGAUAGAAAAUAAUAUCGUAAUAUUUAUUAUUGUUUUCAAUCGCGUGAUUCCGAUAAUGGAAGAAAGAGAGAAUGAGCGAGCGAGUGAGGGUUAGACCGUCUGUAUUCAGACACGUAAAACACAUCGGAAAUUCUCCAAUACACCUCGAUCGACGUGUCUCGUGCAUCGCACGCCAAGGCGGACACGGUUUCUUGUCUCAACUUGGACUCAACCUUUUUUUCUUUUUUCUAGUAAGUUUUAAGUUCCGGAUCCGGAUAUACACCAUGUACAAUCGGCGAUCGCCCAGCGCAGUGGUCGUUAGAAUUAUUGUUGUUUAAUCCCGGGCAUUGCAUCAAUGUCAUGCUCCGAUCUGAUAAAUCUGACGCAGAAAAUCGAUUUGAUUAUUACUACUGCAAUCUACAUCUCAUGUUUCUUCAUAUGAUUGUAAAAAAGUGUCUUGUUUUGUUUAUUUCAAGUGGAAACGUGGAAAUUGCUUGAAAUUAUCAAAGCAUCUUCAGAGUUCGGUAUCGCGGCAAGUAUCGUUGGAAAGUGUAAAUUCUCGUAAAUCUGCAAAACAACAAGACGCCUUUUGUAAACAAGGCUGAAAGGAGAUACGAUAAUUGGAUACGACAUCCUGUCUAUGCCAAAGUGUAAACCAUCCUGAUAAUGUGAUUGAUUUCUAUAUGUGACAUUACGUAAUUGCAACAGGCUUUGGAACGAAUUACUGAGAAUAGAAAAGUCGACAUCGCGUAUGCGCGCGUCGAACGAUUAACCUUUAAUUUCUGUCUCCAAAGUUACCAUUGCGCUAAUACAUUUCGUGAUGAGUAAUGAUGUGUGCAAAGACGAUAGAUACAGUGGAGAGAUUCAUCAAUAUUACGAUUAACAUUAUAUUACGAGUAUGAUGUAUGAUUUUAAGAAGCAGGAAGACAUCUACGCUUGCGCUUUCGCACUUUUCAAUUGUACUAAGAAUCAGAAAAAACGCAAAAUUAGACUUAGGAAAAAAGAGACGGAGAGAAUGAUGCAUCGUAUGCGCGACGCAUAAAGGAAGCGUGCGCAUUUGACAAAAGAGGUGCAAGAUAAAAAGCAAGAUAGUAUCCUCGCAGGAUGGAACGGACGAUGUAGUUGACGGUGCAACUGCGACUGAUAUAUUGAUACGGUCGUAGACACAACCGAUUAACGUUCUAAUCGUGUGAGAAUGUCUGGGACGCGAGUGAUGGCGAGUGCGAGAGUGCGACGAAAGACAGAGAUAGAAAAUCGGUUUUAUAAGAAAAAGAGAAUACAAAAAAAUAAUUACGGUAGAGUCGAGGACCUGGCGCCUCCUUGUCGCCAGUUUGGUUAUGGCCUUAUCCAAUUUUUCCAAGACUAAAAGCAAAUUUAUAUUAGGUACAAUGAGUAUAUGUGAACAUGUACAGGUCCAAAUCUCUGUAAAUUUUCAAUCUGCAAUUUGUAAUUGCGGCUCGCGCGGAAGCGUAUCGAGGAAGUUAGAUUAUAUUACAAAUAAUUAAGAAUUUAAAUUAUAAAUAAUCAAGAAAGAGGGAGGGAGAGAGAGAGCACAUUCCGCGCGCGUGUAACACACACUUUUGUCAAUUGCGAUUUUGGAUAGACCAUUUAAGUAAGAGGAGAAAAGAAAGAUUCAUCCAUCACUCUCUCUAUUAUCAGAUAUAUUACAUCUGUGUAUCGUCUGUCUGUUCCGUUGUUAAAGUGAAUUUUUAUCAUAACGUUUGUUUAUUUCGAGCAAUCCUCAUCACACAAAAUAAGAAAAGAUAAUUUAUUAAUAAAAACAUUUACAAACGAA